UGCUCUGCUGAUGACGUGCUGGGAGGCCUGAGGGGUCCUCCCAGUCUAGGAAGAACCUGGUGAAGGCAGCGCCUGGGCUGUCAGCCUUCCCUGCUGGGAAUGUCAGAGCCUGCUGAACCCUUCCUAUUAUGUCUUAUUCCCCCAAUUCCUCAUAGGGCUGAAGCCACUCAAGGCCACAAGUGUUCCCCAAAGGAGCCAGGCUCUAGGGAGAUGAAGGUUUUCCAAGUAAGACAUGAGUAAGAGAUGCAGUUAGCACAGGUGGAAACCUGGAGAAUCUGCAGAUAGUAUGUGGUCAGCAGCUGGAGGACUUCUGGAGGCUCUGCACUAUGAGUGGAUGCUUGCCAGGACAUACAGAUAGGCAACAUUCCCUUUGAAAACCAGUCAUGUUUGGCAUGGUUUUGGUGAGGAAAUUGUAGCCCUGUUAUUUCUGUAUUUGGGAACUAGGAGAUGUCCUCAGGCUUGGUACUGGAAAGGGAAGUGGGCUGGAAAGGGAAGUGGGCUGGAAAGGGAAGUGGGUCGCAAGGACAGUGGGGAUCACUUCCAAAAAAAACUGGGAGUUUGGAGCUAACAGGGAUCUAUUCCUUCCUGAAGCUGUGCAAGGCACAAAACAGGAGUCCCCCCCUCCCAUGCAUCACCCCACUGGCUGCCUCUCUAGCCAGACAAAGCCCAUUUUCCAGAGACUCCCACCUACCUGGUAGUUAGCAAAGUCAUGUGGCUACAGCACUUAAUUAAUAAAAAGCUGAUAUAAAUCCCAGUAAACAUGUGGGGAGGAGGACACUGAGGCAGAGAGCAGUAGCAGCGCUUCCAGCAAGCUCAGUGGAGCAACGGAGAGCAAUCCCCCUCUCUGCUGGGAGAGGUUGUCCCUCAGGACCAUGCUGAACGUGCUGCUGCUGUGCUGUGGGCUGCUGCAGGGGAUCCAGGCUGUCCUGGAUCUCAGGACUGCUGACCUCAGCUGUGGCCACCUGCAGAAGGCGAGCGGCGGGCUGGAGCGGGUGGACAGAGCCCGCCAGGCCGGCCUGCAGCGGAAAGGCAAGGAGGUGUCUGCGGAGCCGGCAGUCUCUCUGUAUCUCGCAGGAGCUCUCCCAAGGCUGGGGUUUGAGCAGAUGGCCCUGGGGGUCCAAGAAGCUGAUGGUGACCUCAUGCAGAGAGGCAGCCUGCUGGAACCACAGGCAUCAUCCACAGAACUGCAAGCUGAGGGCCGUGAGGAGCGCUCCCCCCGCCGCUGCGUCCGUCUCCUGGAGUCCUGCCUCGGCCACCAGAUCCCCUGCUGUGACCCCUGUGCCACCUGCUACUGCCGCUUCUUCAACGCCUUUUGCUACUGCAGGAAAAUCAGCACCAACUUCCCCUGCGGCAAGAACUAGCGCCCGUGGGGCUGCCAGCUCCUCGCCCCUGUGUGCGCCUCCUUCUCUGCAGCUCCAAUAAACCAGCCCUUUGCAAAAGCCAUGGCAGAGUGGGAAUGGUGUGACGCGUCCGCUCGGGCUCUCAGGGGGUGGCAGCAAGGUGAGGGUGGCCUGUGCACAGCUGGGCAGUGCCCACACAGCUGACACCCCAGGACACAUCCACGUCAAAUCAGAUGUGCCUCUUCUGGCUGUGUAAGUGCUGUUUCAGCAGCAGGGGCACCCCAGGUGAAGUUCUGGCUAUGCUGCUGUUACCCACAAAAUCGGGCUUGUUCUUGGUGUGCACCAA